UUAGUCAAAUAGUUAUUCAAUUUGACUAAACACAAAUCUCAAACACUAAAAAGUCAGAUAUUAAUGUUCUAGCUAUUUGGGGGAAGGGGCAGGGGAAAAAAAGUUCCAGCUGUUUUAUUAGUACUUAUCCUUGUGUAUUUUUUACAAGGCUCUUUGCCACAAUUCUCAGCGUCUCUAAAACACGUUUUGUAUUCAUUGACCACCAUGCCACUUGAUAUCCUAGAUUAAACUGUCACUGCAUUUUCAAAUUCUAGCUUUAAUCAUAGGUCUGCUAUAACAUUGCUAUCUGAAUCCAUAUUCUGCAUCUGGAUGAGAAUGUAAUCCAUGAAAUUUCUGCUAGAACACAGCCAGAGCGAGAAUGAAGAUCUAGAAAACACCAAGGUCACUUCAGUGGCUUCUGCCUCUGAUCCAGAACCCCAUUCCUCACCUUACAGGCCACAGAUGGUGUCUCCAGCGAGCGACGAUGCCCCAGAGGGUCUGCGGAAGACAGCUGGCACCUUGGAGUUGCAGGCCUCCGCGGAACAGGAAGUGCUCCCUGCAGACCAGGCCCAGGUCCUCAACAAGAUGGCCAAGUACCAAGUUCCACAAAGGUCCGGGGACAUCGUUAUGAUCCAGUCUGAGCACACAGGAGCUAUAGAUAUCCUUUCCGCUGAUUUGGAAUCUGCAGAUCUCCUGGGGGAUCAUCGGAAAGUGUCCCCCCCUCUGAUGGCUCCUCCGUGCAUCUGGACCUUUGCCAAGAUGAAGGAAUUCAAAAGCAAGCUGGGCAAAGAGAAGAACAGUCGUCUGGUGGUGAAGCGGGGUGAGGUGGUGACCAUCCGGGUACCUACCCAUCCAGAGGGAAAGCGCGUUUGCUGGGAGUUUGCGACUGAUGACUAUGACAUUGGCUUUGGAGUUUAUUUUGACUGGACCCCUGUAACCAGCACUGACAUAACUGUGCAGGUCAGUGAUUCCAGUGAGGAUGAGGAUGAAGACGAGGAAGAGGAGGAAGAGAUUGAAGACCCUGUCCCAGUUGGCGAUGUAGAGAGAGGCUCCAGGAGCUCCCUUCGAGGUCGCUAUGGGGAGGUCAUGCCCGUGUACCGGCGGGACAGCCACCGAGACGUGCAGGCUGGCAGCCACGACUACCCCGGCGAGGGCAUCUACCUGCUCAAGUUUGACAACUCCUACUCCCUGCUCCGCAACAAGACUCUCUACUUCCACGUCUACUACACGAGCUGAGGGCCCUCGGGGACAGGAGGCAGGCGGAUGUUCGCUGGCUGGAGCGGGCUGCCAGCUGGUGCCUCUUGUUUCGGAAAGGCAAGAGCUAAAAGUCGAGCGUGAGGUGCCUGACCCUCACGUCCUGCCUGGCAUGCCUGACUGUUGACCCCACGUAGCUUUUCCCCCUCCUUGGCUUCUGCAGGUGAUGGUAUAGUGCUCCUGUUCUGUAGUCCUUGACUCACGCUCCUUUUGCUUCAGUCUCCAGCAGAAGUCCCUCUGGGAAGGAACCUGUUAGGCAAGAGCCUAAAGGGAGGUUGGUUGGGUGUUGUCUUUUAAAUGAGGUUUGUUUUGGUCCAAGGUAUUAGUCCAGUUGUUGCUCUCUCCUCUCCCAGAGCCUUUCCUGCAGAUCUGUUUAGUGGCGCUCACUGUUCAUCUGUUGGAAGUGCUAGAGGAGGAAAAGCGCAUUGUGAAGGAGCCUCCUUGGAUGGAGUGAGCUCUGUCCAGCCUCUCACCACUGCCAUCUUCCCACCUGCUGGUUCUCCAUGGUCUGUAGCACAGGCCGGGAGCCCUCACUGCCUUUGGAGGGGGGUCAGUGGUCCCGACUGUCCGACUCUGCCUCUUGCCCUCCACUUGCCUUUCCCCACGUCUGUGUUCCGUGCCCUUACAGCAAGAACGUCCAUGCCAUCUAAAGUGGUGAUCACGUAGUUUAACACCGGGGCCGGGGAUAACCACCUCUAUCACUUCCUGCUUCAAGAGUUUGCAACCUGUAGCCUGGGUGCUGGCUGUUGGAGGGGAACGGGUGGGAAGUAGGUACGGGAUUGAUCUCAGAAUCCACAUCUUUGAAAGUCAAGUGUUACUGUAUUACUUUUUUUAAAAAAAAAUCAAAGAAGAAGGUAUAAUCUGAGAGAGAAGGUUAAAAAAAUAACAACACUUCCGAUUCCCCACCAUGCUUUUUUAUCUUUAGGAGUGUUAUUUAGAAAUUUUGCUCUAGAACCCAUCGAAUUUCCAGAGUUUCUGUAUUUAGGUUUCUUGCUUUGAGGGCUUUAAACUUUUGGAGUUCAAAGUCUCUUAGAAAGGUUGAUGAAGCUUCACUGUUGCUGCUGAUUGGAGUUGUUCUUUACUAGGCCAAAGCUGGCUUCUCCCCAAAGACUGCCUUUCCCACUGUAUUAGCCCCGAGGCCUGGAGUGCCCGGGGUCGGGGAGGCUGUCAUCAGUGGUUGUAGCAGGAGCAGCAGGGCAGGGCCUCAGGCAGAGAAGGGACCACUGUGGUUGUCUGUGCCUCCUUGUUUCUUAUUCCUUGUGUCGAGUCUGUUACUGCCCUAGAAUUUUGAGGAAUAAUUCGACUUAUUUAUUACUUUAUUUAUUUUUGAAGCACAUUUCAUUUUGCCAUUGAAACAGUUUCCCUCUGUUUCUUAGAAGGCUUCUGUCUCCUUUGAGCCACGGAGGCCACCUCUUCUGUGGAGUCAGAUGACGAUUUUAGGAAGAGUUGGGAGAUGACCAUGUUCCCUUCCUACAGGUCAGUCCCGGGAUGCUUUGGGAGGACUCUGCCCUUCCGAGAUAGAUGGUGCCGCCUUACCUCAGCACUCCCUGUGACGAGUUCUAGGUUGUGAGGGACCUGGUCCAUUCGCCCAGGAUGGAACACAGAGGAAUUGACCUGCCUGUGAGGGACAUGGUAUGGUUCUGGGAUUUCACAGUCCUACUUUGAGGAGUUAUCCUCAUGACGGUUCCUUUGGCUCGUUCCAUCCUUGUGCAGGUGUCUCACAUCAAGACUCUCCCCGCUACGGGGUCAGAGACUCAAAGACCAGGGCCCCUCCCAGUAGUUCUGUAGCAGCAUCUGGGUCCUGGAGCAAAAGGCCAGACGGCCUGCACUUUCUCCGUUCCCUGGGGAGCAAAGCCCCAAGUAGGACAGGAUGCUGUGGACUGAGCAGCACCUUACCUCCAUUAUUUUAUAUUUCAGUGCAUUUUGUAGAAGAUGACACUGGCCAGAAUGCAUCUACCUUGUAAGAAACUAGAAAUUAUUCUAGUGACUGUUUGGCUGUGAGAAGCAGACUCUCUGUACAUCACAUCAUCAUGAGAUAAGCUGAGUGAGCACUCUUCUGGCACCGGAGUUGAAUCACGCCUUAGCUAAGUGAGGAUAAUCCUUAUAAAAGAUUUCUACUGAGCUGUUCUCCUUUCAGCUCAAGCCUUGCUUCUUGUUCCUGUUUAUUAUUAACUUCUGGCUUUCUCUUAAAAGGGAGCUGUCAGGCCGUAGCAAGCUCUCUGGGACUACACUGUUUGUUUAUUUUUGCCGUGAGCUGCUCUGUGCUUAUUUUCUUUGGCAUCCUAGUUCUGGUGCAUCAGGGAAGCCCAAGGGGCCUGUUCCCGUCACCUCUGUGUGCCUCUUGUCUGGGCACUUUUGAAGUCCUGGACAUGGUUCCAUUUCUUCCUUGCGCUGGCGUGUCUUUGUCCCAUUAGCGCAAAAUGGCUAACAGAAGAUAUUUUCACUAUCUGAUUCAUUCCUCUUUUCCUAUUCAAUUUCUGAAAUCACACUUUCGGGACCAAAUAUUUACUUGCGGAAGCACACGGAUUUAGUGAGAAUUUUUCAGCCCAGCAAAUCCUCAGAGGUCGUCCUUUCCUUAAUCUCUCCCUUUCCAAGUUUAGAGAACCAGACAGUGAAAUCAGAGUCAUCUGCCUCAUCCUGUUCUCCAGAGCACAAAUAAAUACUAACAGUCGGAAGAGAGCGCUUUGUCGUGGGAGAGAGAUUGAAAUUCUCUACACAGAGCAGCUGGCUUCUUAAAUUUCUUCAGUUUGUUUAGCUUUGCCCUCUGUUGAGGCUUUUAUAAAGGAAGACCUGUUUAAAGUGUUAAUUUUUUCUAACGUUUUAUCACAAAAUGUGUUCUGCAGACGGAGAACUUAAAAGCAGCAGAUUGUAAACACCCUUGGGUAUACCCACCAUAGAGGUUUUAAAAUUAUAAACUGCUAAUUGAAACAAAGACGAUUUCCCCAUUCUUUUCCUUUUGACAAGCGUCCGAUUAGGGCGUUCCCUGCUCGGACAUCAACUCUCCUGUGUCAGAGGGCCCCUGGCUUUUUAGCAGAUUCGUUUCCUCCAGCAGGAGUUACUUGGGAGGUGGUCCUCCUUCAUUAAAAAAAAAAAAAAAAAAAAGUUCUUGAUCUCCAUCUUUGAAAAACUCAUGCUGUAUUUCCCUCUCUCUCAGGCCAGAGCUGCCCUCUUUCCUUCUUUAACUGACCAGGUUGAGGGAGGGAACUGUGAGACUCUUCUGGAAGGACUUCAGUCUGCUGCUUUACAACAGGUCCUCAGGUCUCCGAAGUUAAAACUUGAUCCUCAGACAAUGAAAAGCUUUAUAGUGGAAGCAGGUAACAACUUCAAAUGAGGCCAUUCCUCUUUUCUUUUUUAAAUAAUUCAUGCACUUAAAGAUUUUUUUUAUUAUUUAAGAAAGGAAAUGUCAGACUUUUUAAAAAGUUUAUAUUGCCCCUCAUUAUGUGUAUAUGAAAGAGUUAAAUCUGAGAAUUCUCUAUCUUAUAUUAACCAGUGGGAUUAGAUAUUAUUGUUACAGAAAAUAUCUGAGUUUAGAUACUUCUGGUGAACCCUACCCUCUUUGAAAGAAUUGGGCAAAACCCAAAUCCUAAAGUCUGUACCUUUAUAUUUUAUUUUUUAAGACCACUUUUCUGCAGAAAGUUGCAUUUUAACCCCAAAGUCUGUCAUUCUGAGGUAUGGAGUUGAGUGGCCCUACCAUUUACAUUAAAGGAGUAUUUUCGUGGAGGGUGAGGGAGGGGCAGGAGGGAAAUAGUUUGGGCAGUUUGAGGCCUGCCUUUUAAAAUUGAUAGUAAGGAAGAAAAAAAAAAAGAAUAAAAUGAGGGGAAGGGAGAUAAGCUGUCAAGUGUGUCCCGGACUUUUGCUCAUAUCCUAAUUUUGUUCUUUAAUCUGUAUUUUAUGAGUUGGAAUUGUUCUUUAAGCCAAAAGCCUUGCUGGUUCUCAUUGUGCUUCUUGGAGAAACCCCAGCCCCCUUUGCUGUCUCUUCCAACUAGAUCGACCUUAGGAAUCUUUUGGAGUAGGUCUCCUCUACUAAGUGUAAUCCCCCGACCCGAGGCUGCGUUUCUUCGCCGUAUUCUCUGGGGCUGAGAGUCUAGUGCUGUGGAAAAGGGUGGUGAGACUGACAAAAGGCUGAGAGGGGGAGCCGCUGCGGCCCUGCAGCCCGAGCUGGUUUGAACGGUGGCCAAGACAGGGGUGAAAUUGGUUAAUUUUGAACAAAAUCACAGAAGGGCCUCAAGCCACAAGCUGUGCCCCUCUAGGCUGACACCAUCCCCCCUCCGCCCGUGAGGUGUAGGACUCAACAUCUUCUGUAAUCUUUGUGGGAUGGUCAUCCACCCAGCAGUAAAUGGAAUCGUUCAUUCUCCCUUCUGAGAGCUUCCAAUUAGAAUUUCUCCUGACCCUAAAAAGUCCACAUCAGCCUCCUGAACUAGUCUCUUUCCACCGGGCUAAAAGUGUAUAGAGCUCCUGAGAACCUGGAUUUCCUGGAAAAGGGAAGAACACCAUCCCUAUAGAAUCGCAGUGGUUGAAAAGAGUUGGAAGGGGAGUUUCUGUCUGAAGGAAGGCAAUUUCAUUUUUUAUUGUGAGCAGUAGCAGGUUCAGGGGUUUAUGCUCUUUGGAGAGCAAGUGAUCAUAUUCAAUGGCGAUUGGGUUGUGCUCGGGGAGCCAUUUCUUUGGGAACUCAUUAGGGAAUGGGUGUCUAAAACGAAUCACAAGCCAGGUGCUUUCCAGAAACCCUGUCUGUGGUGAGUAUCUUUAUGGCCAAAGUCCCAGUCUUCAUGUGCAUGGAAUCCUAUCCCUGGGCUCUCAUUUCCAUACAACUGAGAGAUAAAAAGAGUCUAGGCUCCCUCCAUUUCUCUCUGAUAUCUUGGUUAUUUACCAUAUUGUUUAGCAUUGGCAGCAUGGUAUCUAAGGCCUCUGUUUACCUGAUUAACCAGAAUUAAAUAACAGUGUUUGUUGAGGGGAUAAGGCAUCAGUGUCGGUUAGAAGUAGGACUGGGGAGCAAUUGUGACUUAUAGUCCCAUAUUGGGAUAGCUGGGUGACUUGUGUGGGACUGUCCAGCCAUCCGCUGGAACUCUUGUGAACCUUACCAAGUGAGUGAAGAAGCUGUGUCAGUGAAAUACUGAUGAAGACAACAAAGUAUCUGAGUUGAGUAACAGAUAGAACAAGCCCUCCAUUUGUGGGAAUGGUGGUCUGUCCCUGGCUGUAAAGGUGAUUAUAAUAUGAGUUUGCAGCACUUCAGUGUUCUCAGAAGUAGAAGAACCCUCUGGGAGUGGGUUGCUGGUAGCCGCUUUCCUGGAAAAGGGGGAGGCACCCAGAAAAACACUGCUUUGGCUCAGUGGGUACCUGGUCAUGGUCAGUGUCACCCUUUUGAUCCAACCCAUCCAGCACCUGUGAGCACUCCUUUGACGUCUACCCAUUUAUUUAGAUUCUGAGAUUAGGGCAGGAUUUGAGACCAAAGGGUGAAAGAAAACUUUGGUAAGUAUCGUGUGGCCAGAUUUCAGAAAUCACCACUCCUUUUGAAGUGUUGCCUCUGCCUGAACCGCAAAGGCCACACAAAGCCCCUGCUGUUUGAAUCUCUUGUCAUUAAGCUAAGAAAACCCACUAGCCCAACGCCUUGUGAUGGAGUUCAUUUACAAAUAGUCAUUCCCUCACAAAAAACAAGUCCAAAAGUAAGAUGCUGGCUUUGAAAUUAUUUGUGGUCCUGGUCAAUGGUUUGAACCCAUGAUCUAAUUUACCAUUGUAUGUACUUUGAUUUUUUUAGGCCCCAGGUAUGUGGACCAGAGUUAAUUUCAUGGCUCUUCUUUACACUGAGACUUGAGGAGAAGGUGUCCCAGAAAUCUAGAUGUACAGGCUUUAUUAAAUUCCAUAGUUUUCUGUCCUUUUAAGUACUUAUCUAAGGGUCAAAUAAUAUAUGUGAAAUGACUUUCAGGGGACAAAGUGCAUUUUCCAAAAGUUCUGAUAUAGGGUCACAAACAAGUUUAGAGUUUAGGUUUGGAAUAGUCUAGCAUAUAGGGUUCCAGAAGAGCCCUUAGCUAACAGUCAGCUUUAGGAGUUCUCUUCCUGAACUCACUUCUUCACUCAGGUUUGAUAUCUCUCUGUCUAAAACGUUCCUUGUUACUGUUGUUGAUUCUUAGGUUCAGGCCAAGAAUCAUAUGGAAAACAUUAUCUUAGUUUCUUCCCUUAUGUCUUAAUUAGUACAUUUUACUAAGAAAUUCCGUAUUAAGAACCCAACUGACAUCCCUUUCUGAGAUUAUUGUCCCAUAAGUGAAGUUGUUUUUAUUUAAUCAAGUUGAAUUUCUUUCCAAGUAGCCAUAUUCAAGAGCAAGUGAAGUUUAGAAAAGGCAGUCCUGUAACCCAUGACUCUGGUGUACCCAUUUGCCCUUAGUGAUGGGAAUCGUUUUGGAAAUUCUCAGAAGAAAGUUGCUUUGUAAUCAAAGUGAUAGAUUAUAAGAAAGCCAGACUUUGGGUAAGGAUACUUGGAAUAGAGGGAGGUGCUUACAGAUUCCUAAACUACUCGAUGCCGUUUAGCUGGUAUUUCUGAAAGGCCUGCUUUGGUGCCAUGCACUGAGACCUGUCAGUUGUUUGAAAGAUGAUUCUGCCUUCUUGGCAAAUUUUUAAGGAAUUGGCAAACUACAAAGGCAUUCUUUCCUACUUGUUCUCUUAUCAUGCGUUGGCGCUGAUGUUACAUACAGAAAGGGGUCUGGAAGGGACACAGUGUCACCAUCUUUUAAGUACAAAAAUAACCCAACAAGUUCUUUAUUGCAGUCAUCUUAUUUUACGUGUCCCCUGAGAAAUGCUGUCAACAUUUCCUAUGAUUUCUAAGAGCUCUGUACCAAAUUGUCUUUCAGUCGUUUUGUCCUGCUGAGUGGUUUUUCCUUUAAAAUACCUUCUCUUACCACCCUGUGGCUUUGAGUGUGUUGCUGUGAUACACAGAUGAUUCCUGGGCUAUGAUUCCUUAAAUAGCUCAGUUCUUGUGUUUUUAUAUUAUGUAACAGAUUUGUGAUGCUUUUGUGCAUUUCUUUGUCUUCUCUUCCAAGUUUUGAAAUCUGUCCUAAAUAAACUUUUUCACUAUGCACCUGAAA